AUGAUAGAUCCCGAGAAACAAAUCGUGCAGCCAUCCUCGUUCGCCUGCGACUCCUCAUCAGACUCCACCUCAGUCCUCUUCAAAACAUCACCUACACCAGCACCGUCUAGAAGCACAUUACCAGUCGCUUCCGAGAUCCCACCAUCCCAGAUCGCAGAGAUCCCGCCACCUCCAGAUGGCGGCACCCUAGCAUGGCUACACGUCUUCUUCGGGCACAUGGUCUUCUUUAACACAAUCGGCGUGACAAACAGCUAUGGCGUCUUUGAGCAGUACUAUACCGAGACAUUGGGCCAUUCACCCAGCACCGUAGGAUGGAUUGGUGGUAUCCAGAUGUUUUUAAUCUUCUUUGGAGGCGUAUUUUCGGGACGUGCCACUGACGCGGGUUACUUUCGACAUUGUUUCGUGGCAGGAGUUGUGCUGCAAGUGCUCGGGACUUGUCUGACCUCGUUGUGCGAACACAAAUUCUAUGGAAUCUUCUUGUGUCAGGCUGUCUGUUAUGGAUUGGGUGCUGGACUGCUCUUCACACCUGGUUUGUCAGUGACGAGUUCUUAUUUUUCGAAGAGGCGCACUCUUGCCAUGGGUAUCGUGGCCGCGGGUGGUGCUACAGGUGGCAUGGUAUAUCCUGCAGUCGUCAACGCGUUACUGUAUCACUCGAACGUCGGAUUUGCCUGGACAAUGCGUGCCAUUGCAUUGAUCAUGCUGAUCACACACAUUCCCUCCAUCAUCGGAUACAGACCCUACAUCCCACCCCGCUCCACCGGACCCCUCGUCGAAUGGAGCGCAUUUCGUGAGAAGCCAUUCGUCACAUUCAUCGCCGCAAACUCGCUAUGUUUCUGGGGUCUAUAUAUGGCAUUUUUCUAUCUCGGGACUUUUGCGCGCGGCACAAUUCAUCUUUCGGACUCACUGAAUCUGGUCAUUGUGCUCAACGGAGUGGGUGUCAUUGGUCGUAUGGUGCCCAAUAUUCUUGCUCAUCGGUUCGUGGGUGUCGCAAACAUGAAUAUCAUCUGCAAUACCGUCUGUGCGAUUUGCAUAUUCUGCUGGAUGGCUAUCGAUAGCGCUGCGGGGCUGUAUGCGUGGAGUGCUGUUUACGGAUUGUUUGCGGGUGCCGCGCAGGCGCUUUUCCCGACGAUGACGACUCACCUGACUACGGAUAUGAGUAAAAUAGGUACGAGGACGGGCAUGGUGUUUACAAUUAUUAGUUUCUUCUGUUUGACGUCGCCGGCGAUUGAAGGUGCGCUCAUACAGGAUCAAGGGGGGAACUACAUGGCUGCACAGUUGUUUGCGGGGAGUACUGUUGUUGUAGGCGCUCUUUGCUUAGUCUUGAAUCGGUGGUUCAGAGUCGGCUGGGAGAUGACUAAAAUCUAA